UUAGCGAUCCGCCCGUGUACGCAUCCCGAAGUUUCUUGUGUUUUGGUUCCUUUAAUCCGGAAAUACUUUCGCAGUCUUGUCCACGCAGCCCCCGAGAGAGAGAGAGAGAGAGAGAAAGAGAGAAGGAAGGGAAACGUCGAUCCGCUGAAAGAAAAGGGGGAUGUCGGAGUACGAAGUUGUCCAGCGAGGCGCUCUACGUUUGAAAGGGAGCACCGACUGCGUAUCUGCGGGGAAACGAAAGAAGAAGAAAGAUAAAGAAAGAAGCAAGAUUGUAGACCAGAUUGUCAGCAGCAAGAACCAGGAGGAAGAAGAAGAGAAGAAGCGGGCUCUGGACAAACGUACUCCAGCACAGUUGGCCUAUGAAAAAAUGCAAGAAAAGAGGCAAAUAGAACGAAUCUUGAAAAAAGCGUCCAAAACCCACAAGCAGAGAGUAGAGGAUUUUAAUAGACACUUGGAUACUCUGACUGAGCAUUAUGACAUCCCCAAAGUCAGCUGGACUAAAUGAGCAUCUUUUCCAUCAACAUUUUCUUCUUAUAUAAUCUUUGUUUCUAACAUGAGCACAGACGGCAGUAUUGAGCUACAGCUCAUUUGGCAGAAUUGCUAUUUUCUUGUAACUUCCUUUUCUUGAGCAAACUUGCUUUUAAAGAGACACAUAGCACCUAUUACUUCGAGUAACUGGCAGUUAGCAGUUUAAAUUAUUUCUGCUUUAUUGUUGCACACAUAAGUACAAAUUAAUCCUUGGCUAGUUAUAGAGAUCAGAUACAUACAAAAUUUAGGAUUUAUGCGAAGUCUGUUGCUAAAAAGCAACUCAAGAAGGACAAUUUAAAUCCUUGGGGUGGGAGAAUUACUCUGUGUACAGGCUUUCUAACUUGAUUGCUGCAUUGUAAAAGUAUACAAUAAAUGCAUACAAAAAGAAUAAUUGCAUCUGUCAAAGCAUUCAUCCAGCAUAUUUCCAUCAUUCCUGAAUGCUCCAGUCCAACGGCUCUACCAUUGUUUUGGUAUACAAUCUCAACAUUUCCUAAGAAAUAUUAUUUGUAAAGGACAAUUCUAAUGACUCGCAGCUUCAUCUACUGGAAGGACCACUGCAUAUUCUCCACAUUGUGAUUUACUUGCAAUGAUGAAAAUUUGUUUAAAUAAAUUAAUGAAAAACA